GUAUCGAAUUAAACAUUUUACGGAGUGAAAUUACUCCAAUUUAAUUAAUUCAGCGCACUGACUUAUUGGUAAUUGGAAGUAUGUGUGUGUUUGAAAACAAAGAACAUCUGUUUUACACUUGACAUAACAAAACUUUCAAACAAAGUGUAUUUCUGUCAGCCGUGGUUUUAUAACUUAAAUUCUGUACUAUACACAAAUAAUAAGUUUUUUGAGAGAAAACUGGGGAUAAAUUAUGGAUUUUGAUAGUCCGGACGUUGAAAAAGAUUUCCCGGGGCUGUACGCUUCGGAAUCAGGUGCAAAUAAAAAAAAGGAAGAAAGUGAUUUUAGUGAAGGUGAUCAUGAAAAGUUAAGCAAAAAGGAGUUGUUGAUUGGCAGAAGAAAAGAUAAAAAAGAAAAGAAAGAUUUAAGAUAUGCAACUUUACAAGGAAGUGAAAGUUCCCCAGAAGAAGAGUUGGAAACUAAAAGUCCAUCUAAAUCCACCAAAAAAUCAAAAGCUUUUAAAUUUACUUCAUCUAAAAGUAAAGAAAAACGAGAGAAAUCCCGCGAAAAAAGUGACAAAGAUCUGAAAGAGAAGGAUGUUUCUGAAUCUAAAGAAAAAGAAAAAGAUAAAAAAAAAGAUAAAGAGAAAAGGGACAAAGAAAAAAAAGACAAAACUAAGGACAAAGACAAGGAUAAAAAGGAUAAAAAAUCAAAACAAGCAAGUAUUUGUGAAGAAGUACUUGAACUAGGUGAUGUGCAGCCUGUUUUUGGCGUUUCCGUGUCUUUAGCUACUGAGCGUAGCCACUGUCAUGAUGGAAUAGAUUUACCAUUAGUGGUUAGAGAUUGCAUAGAUUUCUUACAGGAAAACGGCUUACAAAAUGAUCAAAUUUAUAAAGUAGAACCCAUGAAAAGUCGUUUACAAUCAUUUAAAAGAUUAUAUAAUAACAGGGAAACCCAAAGCACAGAGGAAUUCGAGGUAUCCAUUGCUUGUGGUUUGCUAAAACUAUUUUUAAGAGAAUUACCUGAGCCGAUUUUAACAACAGAUUUAAUAACAAGAUUUGAAGAAGCAGCCUCUCACAAUGAGGUUACUCAAACCGAAGCAGAGCUUAAGCACUUGCUGGAUCAAUUACCAAGUUGUAAUAAAACUUUACUUUCUUGGAUAUUAUUACAUUUUGAUUCAGUUAUUCAAAAUGAAAAAUAUAAUAAAUUAAACGCCCAAAGCUUGGCAAUGUUACUCAGUCCACCAUUACAAAUGUCGCACAGGUUACUAGUUACACUUUUGUGUCAUUGCCCUAAUCUUUUUCCAGAUGUUAAAUUAGUUAAAUAUGUUCCACCAAUAACAUCUACAAGUCCAAAACUACCGGAAGAUCCACAUCAAAUACAAAUCGAAUUAAAGAAACAAGAGAGCUUAUUAACACAAAUUCAUUCGGAAAUGAAUGCUGGUUUUUUUUCUAAAAAACGCGAAGAACAGUUAUGGGAGGUACAACGUAUAAUAACCCAACUUAAAAGAAAAUUAAGAUCAUUUGAAAAAAGGCAAGAUACCUUAGAAAGUGGUAAUUCGGCAGCUGGAAAUAAUACAACAGAAACUCCAAUUACUACUGGACCAACAACUACAUGGUCGGAAGAUGAUUAUUCUCUCAAAAGUUUUAAUAUAGAAGGGGAAACAAAGUUAUCUCCUCAAGACAUUCCAGAAGUAAUUCCUGAGCAACAAAUAAUUGAAAGUGUUGGUGAUUUAUUAGAUGAUCCCAAUAAUCCUGAUAAAUUAUAUGUGCAUGAAUCAGGUUUACUAAUGGUUCCAGAAUCUCAUCCAAGUUAUGCUGCUUUACUGAAACUACAACUAGAAAACCAGGAGUUAUUGCAAUGGAAGUCGCAAUUGCAAAGUAGAAUUAAUUCGGAAAGAGCAGAAUUAUUAAAAUUGAAAAAAUUACUUUCCAAUGUAGAGCAAAAUCAACUGCAAACUUCUAGAAAUACUUAUUGGAAUGAAGAUGGGGAUUAUGAAAGGGUUAUUGAAAGAUAUAUAAAAGAAAAUAAUUUAUUAGAGCAAAAAAAACAAAUGUUAGCACAAGAAAUUUUUGAAGAGCAUAGGGCUCUGAUUCAGUUGAAAGUUGAUAUAGGGGUACAGGCUUUUAAAGCUUAGCAUAAAAAUAACUAAAUUAUAUAAAAACUAAGAGUUUUUAAUACUAACUUUCGAUAUUUUGCUUUCAUUGACAAAUUUUAACAUUUAAGUUUUAAUAUUUAAAAUUUAUUGCUUUAUUAUGUUUAUUUUUAAAUUAAAAAUUCUAAUUCUAUUGCAUAA